AUUUCACAUUGCUAUUCACCAUAUAACGUUAUCGUAAAUUGUUAUCGGCAUUCACUGGGUGACUAAUACACGCGCUUCUUCCAGUUCCCAAUUCAAACGAACGGCAUUUUAUUUUCAUACAGAACGCAGAAGGAAUCUAGGACUUUCAGUCUAUAAAAUCAUUGCUUGUUUGAUACGUUUUUAAAUCGAUAGAAACUAAAAUGUCACACAAUGUGUUACGUUCCAAAGAAAAUGCUAUGGCUAAGCCAGCGUUGGGCGCUUCAUCUGCGGUCGCUGCAAUUGCAAUGCAAAGGAAGCAAUUGUUGGCAAAGAAGUUGGCACUUGAAAAUGUGACCCCUGUGAAUCGAACCACAAGCAGCAGCAGUAAAAGUACCGUAGGCGCAGCCGCAACAGGACAACAAAAGCCACCACAGACACUGGCAGCGUCGUCAUCUGCAGCGACAACUUCAACAAAAGCUGACAGUGGCUUGGUCAAAUCUGAAAACCCCGGUCAGCCCCAAACCAAUAGUACUAAUAAUGAAAAGACUGAACCAGCAAAUACCAAGCCAAAAAAAAUAUGGGCAUUGAGCAAUUUUGACAUUGGGCGGCAGCUGGGUCGUGGUAAAUUUGGCAACGUUUAUUUGGCACGCGAAAAAGAAUCACAAUUUGUGGUUGCCCUCAAAGUACUGUUCAAGCGUCAAAUUGGCGAAACAAAUGUGGAGCAUCAGGUGCGCCGCGAGAUUGAAAUUCAAUCGCAUCUCCGUCAUCCACAUAUUUUACGUUUAUAUGCAUACUUCCAUGACGAUGCCCGAAUUUAUUUGAUUCUGGAGUAUGCCCCGCAAGGAACACUCUUCAGUGCACUGCAAGCACAGCCAUUGAAACGUUUCGAUGAUCGCCAGUCGGCCACUUAUAUCAAGGCUCUUUGCUCGGCUCUUUUGUAUUUACACGAACGCGAUAUUAUACAUCGAGAUAUUAAACCGGAGAAUCUGCUCUUAGGACAUAAAGGUGUGCUCAAAAUUGCAGAUUUUGGCUGGUCAGUUCACGAGCCGAACUCAAUGCGCAUGACACUUUGUGGUACUGUUGAUUAUUUGCCUCCAGAAAUGGUUCUUAACAAGCCACAUACUAAAAAGGUUGAUCUAUGGAGCUUGGGAGUACUAUGCUUCGAGUUGCUCGUUGGUCAAGCGCCGUUCUUUUCGAAAAACUAUGAGGAGACAUACAAGAAGAUACUCAAGGUGGAUUACAAAUUGCCGGAACAUGUUUCGAAAGCAGCGACUCAUUUGAUAUCAAAGCUGUUGGUUUUAAAUCCCCAACAUCGUCUGCCUCUGGAUCAGGUUAUUUUACACCCAUGGAUCGCGACACACGCACAAUAAUUUAUAGCUAUUAGUGAAUUAAUUAAUCUGUUCGACUUUCAUUAUCAGUUUGUGUGAAUUAUUUUGUUUAAUUUUCUUAUAAUAUAACUAUGCAUUUAAAUAUCCAUUACGUUAAAUAACACAAAAAUUUUUGUAAUAAACAUUCA